CCGCAGCACCGCCACCUGCUGCACCGCUGCAUCGCACCGUGCAUCCAGGCUUCAGCUCCAGGACCCAAGGAACCCAGAAUGGCAACCGACAGCAGCUUCUCGCCAUUCAAACCAGCAUCAGGAGACUGGGAAGGGUACGCUGCCCGUUUCAACUUCCUCCUGCAAGCGAAAGAAGUCAACAACGAUGCCAUGAAGAGGGCGACAUUCUUCAGCGUCUGUGGAGAGGAGACGUUUGAAAUCGCCCGGGCUCUCCUUGCACCUAGAGAUGUCGCUACCGUCUCGUACAAAACAAUAAUGGAACGGCUGAAGGAGCACUUCUCACCACAGCCCUCGGUGGUAGCUUGCCGAAAUGCCUUCUACGCAAAGUGGCAAGCCCCGGGGGAAACCAUAACUGGGUUUGUGACCUCCCUCCGCCAAGCCGCCCGGCUAUGCAACUUCUCAGAGUUGGAGAACAUGCUUCGUGACCGCCUCGUCGGUGGCCUGAGGGACGAGAUGUUGCAACGACGCCUCUACGCCAAAAAAGACCUCACGUUCCAGAUUGCUCUGGAGGAAGCCCUGGCAACCGAAGCCGCCGAGAGGUCAACGCAAGAGGCACGACCGGCCCCGCCAUCCCAACCGAGGGUCUACCACGAAGACCUCACCGACGAAUCCGAAUCUGACAGGGAGGAAGUACACCGAGUACAGCGGCGCACUCAAGCAGCACACACACCACAGCAGCCUCGACGAGAAGGAGGGAACUGUGCAAGCUGCGGGGAGAACCACGAGAGGAGGACCUGUCGUUUCCGCAACGCAGAGUGCAGGCAGUGCAGAAAAUUGGGACACAUCGCCCGGGUGUGUCGGGCUCGACUCACCCGUCGACAAGCAUCAGAUGACCGACCCAGGAGCUGCAUCGCACCGUGCAUCCAGGCUUCAGCUCCAGGACCCAAGGAACCCAGAAUGGCAACCGACAGCAGCUUCUCGCCAUUCAAACCAGCAUCAGGAGACUGGGAAGGGUACGCCGCCCGUUUCAACUUCCUCCUGCAAGCGAAAGAAGUCACCAACGAUGCCAUGAAGAGGGCGACAUUCUUCAGCGUCUGUGGAGAGGAGACGUUUGAAAUCGCCCGGGCUCUCCUUGCACCUAGAGAUGUCGCUACCGUCUCUUACAAAACAAUAAUGGAACGGCUGAAGGAGCACUUCUCACCACAGCCCUCGGUGGUAGCUUGCCGAAAUGCCUUCUACGCAAAGCGGCAAGCCCCGGGGGAAACCAUAACUGGGUUUGUGACCUCCCUCCGCCAAGCCGCCCGGCUAUGCAACUUCUCAGAAUUGGAGAACAUGCUUCGUGACCGCCUUGUCGGUGGCCUGAGGGACGAGAUGUUGCAACGACGCCUCUACGCCAAAAAAGACCUCACGUUCCAGAUUGCUCUGGAGGAAGCCCUGGCAACCGAAGCCGCCGAGAGGUCAACGCAAGAGGCACGACCGGCCCCGCCAUCCCAACCGAGGGUCUACCACGAAGACCUCACCGACGAAUCCGAAUCUGACAGGGAGGAAGUACACAGAGUACAGCGGCGCACUCAAGCAGCACACACACCACAGCAGCCUCGACGAGAAGGAGGGAACUGUGCAAGCUGCGGGGAGAACCACGAGAGGAGGAACUGUCGUUUCCGCAACGCAGAGUGCAGGCAGUGCAGAAAAUUGGGACACAUCGCCCGGGUGUGUCGGGCUCGACUCACCCGUCGACAAGCAUCAGAUGACCGACCCAGGAGCCCCAGGUCACACGGCACCAUGCACCAAGGCAACUCGACGGAGAUCACGGACUACCAGGUAUUCCAGUUGCCCCAUCCCAGCACAGAGAAAAUUUAUAUAGAGGUACAGAUAGAGGGAGCCCCAUGCCGCAUGGAGCUGGACACGGGUUCAACUCUAUCCAUAAUCUCGGCCCAAACAUUAAGGGAACUGUGCCCUAAUGGGGGUCCCAAACUAAGGCCGGCCCCAUUCACCCUCCGGGACUUCCAGAAACGUAAGGUCCCUACUAUGGGGGUGGGGACCUUCAGGGUGCAAUAUCGAGGGCGAAAGCAACAAUUGGACUUGCUGGUAGUUAAGGGCCCCUACGUUAGCUUACUGGGACUGGCAUGGUUUGGACCUCUGGGGCUAGCCGUUACCGGGGUGAACCGCACUAGCUUACAAGUGGACGUGGACGCCAUAUGCAAAGAGUUUCCAGGGGUUUUCGAUGGGGCAUUGGGACGAUAUACAGGACCCCCCAUUGCCCUACAGCUAGACCCCGCUGUACGACCCAUCAGGCACAAGGCCCGCCGGGUCCCGUUCGCCCUGAAACCCCGCAUAGACGAGGAAUUGGACCGGCUCGUGGAGCAAGGAGUGCUGGAGCCGGUGCCCAACGCCCCCUGGGAAACUCCAAUUGUCACACCCGUCAAGCCUAACGGUUCGGUCCGCAUCUGUGCAGACUACAAAUGCACCAUAAACAAGGCUCUCACGGCCCAUGCAUACCCAGUGCCAGUGGUCAGCCAUGUCCUCGCCACCCUGGCUGGGUCAAAAAUCUUUGGCAAACUGGACUUGGCCCAAGCAUAUCAACAGUUGCCUGUGGACGAAGCCACAGCAGAGGCUCAGACGAUUGUGACGCACAGAGGGGCAUUCAGAGUAAAGCGGCUGCAAUUUGGCGUUAGCGUGGCACCAGGCAUAUUCCAGAAUCUAAUGGACUCUCUCCUUAAAGGGAUUCCUGGCGUCACCCCCUUCUUUGAUGAUGUACUGAUCGCCGGGCCCACACCAGAGGAAUUUGAGGACCGCCUCCGCUCCGUCCUGCACCGUUUCCAGACGGCGGGCCUCAAGGUGAAGCGGGAAAAGUGUUUACUGGGAGUGCCGCAGGUGGACUUUCUGGGAUUUAAGGUGGACGCAGAAGGGGUCCAUCCAACCGGUGACAAGGUACGGGCCAUUUGUGAGGCCCCAGCGCCCAAGAGCAAGCCCGAACUUCAGUCAUUCUUGGGACUAUUGAACUUUUACCAUGCCUUCCUUCCCCAUAAGGCAGCAGUAGCGGAGCCCCUACACAGACUCCUAGAUAAAAGGGCCCCUUGGGUGUGGGGCCAGCGACAAAGGGCCGCAUUCCAGGCAGUCAAGGACUUGCUCGUCUCGAACUCGGUCUUAGCACACUUCGACGAGAGGCUGCCAGUGGUGCUGGCAUGCGACGCCUCUCCCUAUGGCAUCGGCGCUGUCCUGGGACACCAACUCCCGGAUGGAAGAGAGGUGCCGGUGGCAUACUUCUCCCAGACGCUUGCUGCAGCCGAACGAAACUACUCACAGAUUGACAAGGAGGGUCUGGCAAUCGUGAAGGGCGUAAAAAAAUUCCAUGAUUUCUUGUACGGGCGGCCCUUUACCAUAGUGACUGACCACAAGCCGUUGCUUGGCCUGUUUGCCCCUGAGAAGCAGACCCCCCAAGUGUUGUCUCCACGUGUCCUCAGGUGGUCAAUUUUCCUUGCCGGCUACCAGUAUGCACUAAUCCACCGCCCUGGGAAGGCGAUGGGCCACGCAGACGCCCUCAGCAGGCUACCACUACCAGAAACAGGCCCCGACCCAGCGCCUGCGCAAGAGGUUAUGACCCUGGAGCUGCUUCCCGACCGACCCAUUCAGGCACAAGAAGUUGCGCACCAUUCCACAAAAGAUAGGGUCAUCUCCCGGGUCCUGAACUGGGUGUGGCGAGGAUGGCCCAGCAGCAGCCCCGGGCCACAAUUCGCUGGCUACACAAACCGCAAACAUGAACUGUCGGCCCACAAGGGGUGCCUGUUAUGGGGAAGCAGGGUUGUUGUUCCCCAGCCCCUCCGCAAAAGGGUCCUCACAGCCCUACACGAGACACACCCAGGGGUAGUGAGGAUGAAGGCCCUUGCCAGGAGUUAUGUGUGGUGGCCGGGGAUUGACAGAGAGAUAGAGGCCUGGGUCCAACACUGCCAGACCUGCCAAGAAUCCCGCCCGGAUCCCCCAAGGGCCCCAGUCCAGCCCUGGGAGUCCGCCCGACAUCCAUGGUCACGCUUGCACGUGGACUUCGCUGGCCCCUUCCAGGGAAAAACAUUCUUCAUAGUGGUGGAUUCCUACACCAAAUGGCUGGAGGUCGCACUGGUACCAUCCACUUCUACGGCGGCAGCCAUCCGGGUACUACGUAAGCUGUUUGCGACCCACGGGCUCCCUGACACCCUCGUCUCGGACAAUGGAACCGCAUUCACGUCAGAGGAGUUCCAGACCUUCACAGCGCAGAACGCCAUCCGCCACAUCCGCUCAGCACCAUUCCACCCUGCCACCAAUGGCCAAGCGGAGCGCAUGGUGCGGACCACCAAGGACAGCCUCCGCCGCAUGACACAAGGGGACUGGGAAUACCGCCUUGCCGCAUUUCUUCUAGCACAGCACAGCACCCCAAGCACAACGACGGGCCGGAGCCCAGCUGAAUUACUAAUGGGCCGGCGCCUUGCAACUAGACUGGACCGACUUCACCCCGACAGAGCUCAGGAUGAGGUAGUGGUGGGGAAAGGCAGGAACCCCCGGACAUUUGUGGCCCAGGACCCAGUGUAUGCAAAGAAUUUUGGGGCAGGCCCAGCAUGGGUACCCGCCACAGUCACCAAGGUGACCGGUCCCGUGUCGUACGAGGUACUAACGGAAGGGGGGCAAUGUUGGCGCCGCCACUGCGACCAGCUACGGCGACGAUUCCCAGGAGGAACCCGGGAGGAGAGCGGGACAGAGGGGUCCCAAGGGGACAGCAGGGCAGUGAGGCCUGUAGAGCGAGAGGGGUGGGCAGGGGAAGCAGAAGCAGUAGGCACAGAGGGGCGCCCCGAGGCUGGAAGGACACCGGAACCAGAGCUACAACCUAGUGGUUCAGUGGCGCCAGACCAGACAGCCCCGGCACAGCCAGCAGCCUCGGAACACGAGCCAGAACCAGAACCCCUGACCAAGGAACACCCCAGGCCACAACGCACACGGAGGCGGCCAGCAGACCUUGGGGACUACGAAUGCAACUUCCCGGGCAGGACUGGAACUUAGAGGGGAGGGGUGUUAUGUACUGAGCUGAAUCCUAGAACAAUAGGAUUCAGAAUCAGCGGGAGCUACCCAAUCCAACUCCAGGUGGAAGUGAAUCCGCAACCUGAUUGGCCUGCUGGAGCAGCCAAUCAGGCGGCUGGCAGAAGUGAAUCUGCUACCUGAUUGGCCUGUAGGAGCAGCCAAUCAGGCUGCAGGCAGAAGUCAAUCCACAAUAUAAUUGGCCCACAGGUGUAGCCCUGAAGUAGCCAAUCACGCAAGGCCCAUUGUGUAAAUAAUGUAUAUAAGCAGAUGGUUUUGGGAAAAGAGCCAUUCGUCUUCUCUUCUCCUCCUUGAUGACUAUGAGCUGAAUAAAGAGCAUGAAAUUCACUCUCGACUCCGAGUAUAUUUC